AUGAAACUACCACAAUAAUUCGAUCGGGUCAACAAGUCGGGUUGUGGUAUACCCGCAAAACCAGUCGUAAAACCCUCCCAAAAUCCCUCUUCGAUGCGCAGCGAUUUUCCUCUUCUCCAUCGUUUCCGUUCGCAGCGAUGAACCGCGCCGUGAAGGCAAUAGCAGUAGCCUCUUCCCUCCGAUUCCUACACUCGUCACUCGCCACCCGAGUCCUCACAACUCGGAACCAGGUGACUCACUCUUCUCUCUACACUCCACUGCUCCAUUUGGGUCGCACCCACGAUUUGCGUUUUCCCUACACUCACCAUAGAAUCUACUUCUCUUCCAAACCCACCUCCAUUUUGGAGCUUGUUCUCACCAACGAUUGGUCCCAAGGGGUAGAGCACGAGUUAGAAAAGUGUUGCCCCUCUUUGAGCCAUGAAACUGUUCUAUACGUUUUGAAGCGAUUGGAUGAAAACCCAGAAAAAGCUUUGUCGUUUUUCAACUGGGUUAGUGAGAAAGAGUGGUUUAGGCCUAGUUCUUCAGUGUUUAGCUUAAUUGUUACGAUUUUGGCGAAUAAGGAGACGAUAAAGCAAUUUUGGGUUACUCUGAAGAUGAUGAAGACAAAAGGGUUUUAUCUUGAUGGAGAGACUUAUAAGCCUAUUUUAGCUGGUUUUAAGAAGGCAGAGAUGUGGAAGGAUUCAAAUGGUCUGAAAAAGUUCUAUGAUCGGAUGCUUCGCGAAAAUGGGAUGCAAAGAGUUGUCACCAAGGUGGUUCGGAUCAUAUCGGGGUCUGAGUGGGGUGAUGAGGUUAAGAAGAAGCUGGCAAAGCUCAAAAUUCAACUGUCAGAUAAUCUUGUGGGACUGGUUUUGAAAGAGCUUCGAAUUUGUCCUUUAAAGGCUUACAAAUUCUUUCAUUGGGUUGGGGAGCAAUCUGGUUAUGAGCAUAGCACGGUGACUUACAAUGAAGUUGCGAGAGUUCUUGCGAGGCCUGGAUCGAUUGAGGAGUUUUGGAGUGUUAUUGAGGAGAUGAAGAGUCUGGGUCAUGAUUUGGACAUUUAUAUGUACGUGAAGAUAUCAAGGAAGCUUGAAAACGUUAAGAUGCUGGAGGAUGCGGUCAAACUUUAUGAGCUUAUGGUUGAUGGUUCAUAUCAGCCAUCAGCUCAAGAUUGCAGUAUACUUCUAAACAGCAUCUCUGAAAGUGAUUCACCAAAUUUGGAUCUAGUUGUCAGGGUAGGCGAGAAAUAUGAAUCCACUGGGAAUACUCUCUCCAAGGGAAUCUAUGAUGGAAUCCACAGGUCUUUGACAGCUGCUGGAAGAUUUGAUGAAGCUGAAAAUUUUGUUAAGAUUAUGAGAAAUGCCGGCUAUGAGCCUGAUAACGUCAUCUAUAGUCAAGUGGUAAUUGGACUUUGUAAGAUGAGGAGGCUUGAAGAAGCAUAUAAGGUGCUGGAGGAGAUGGAAUCUUGUGGCUGCAUCCCUGACAGCAAUACUUGGUCCGUCUUGAUCCAAGGACAUUGUGCUGCCAAUGAAGUAGAUAAGGCAUUAGUUUUUUUGCGUGAUAUGGUUAAAAAGGGCUGCGUUCCAGAUGCUGCUGCAAUAGGCGUUCUGGUUGACUGUUUUGUCUGUCAAAAGAAAAUAGGGGAUGCAUACAAGUUGCUUGUAGAGAUGGUUAGUUAUCACGAUACAUCUCCAUGGCAUUGUACAUAUAGGAAACUAAUUGAGAACCUAUUAGGAAUCAAGAAGUUUGAUGAGGCACUUGAUCUGGUUUGCUUGAUGAGGAAACACAAACACCCUCCAUUCAUCCAGCCUGUUGUGCAGUAUAUUUCGAAGUUUGGGACGGUGGAGGAUGCUGCAAAAUUUCUCAAGGCAUGGAGCAAGGAAAGUUGCAUGUCCCAUUCAGCCUAUCUUCAUGUUUUUAGAUCUUUGAUCGGAGAAGAUAGACUCUCUGAGGCCAAAGAUCUACUGUCCAAGUGCCGUUCUCGUAUAAGGAGGCGUAAAGAAAUCUGUGACCUCUUUGCUUCAGUAGAGAAUAGCAUCGCUUCUUCUUGAUACCUAGAAAUUUUCCUUGUCAUUAUGCAUCUCAUCUCUGUUCAAAUAACUACAAUUUUGCCAAUGAAGAAUGGUUCAACUCAUGAUUCAAACUGAGUUGAAAGUCAAAUGUCUUGGUUUUCCCUACACUCACCACAGAAUCUACUUUUCGA